CGGAUCCUUAACCCACUGAGCAAGGCCAGGGAUUGAACUCACGUCCUCAUGGAUACUAGUCGGGUUUGUAACCGCUGAGCCAGAACAGGAACUCCCAGACUGGGUUCCCUUUGAAGGCAGGCUCCGGGCACCUUUGUAACUAAAGGUGAUACUACAAAUAAUUAGCAACCAGUCCCAUCAUCAUCUACCCAUCAGGACAUGGGAACCUGUCCUAGAGGUCCCCAUCUGGCCCCCAUUUAGUUGCAGGAUCACAGGGAGGCUGUGGCAUGGGGGUGCUCCAGCACUGAGCACAGCAUCUGUUUACUAGCAGGGUCAGAAGUAUUUCAGCAUUUUAACCACCAGUGCCCCUUCCUCCCAUCAGGUGAGCACAGAUGAGCUUCAAUAGGCCCAGGGGAGUCCUAUGCUUUCAGCACUAUUUCAGGAGCUGCCAGGCUGGUUGGCCCUUUUGUGGCCAUGCAGGUUGCUACCGCCGUCCCACCGCUUCCCAACCUCCCUCCCUCCAAACACCCACAUUUCUGCAAAUGAGAAGAGAGAGUCCUAUAGGAGAAGAGCUGGUCAAGGGCAGGGGCAGGACUUCAAGGGAGUGGGUGGGGUGAGAACUUGAAUGAUUUUCUGAGGAAGGUCAGGACAGCAUCUUGCAAGCUUUCCUGGCCAAGGUGGAGUACCCCCUAUCAUAUCUUCCCUGCCCAGGGCUGAUCUCUUUCCAGAGGCUCUGGGUGGGACUGCCAACUGGUCAGACCCAGGCAGAUGAGGACAUAUGUGGAGGCACCCUUGAUGUCAGGUACUGGGCAAAUUUUCCUCUGCUUCCCUCUCCAGCAUUCUCCCCAUUGCCACCCCUAUCUCCCCACGCCCCCAAGGAUUCCCUGGAAGCUGAAGUGACUCAGGGAUUCCCAAACUAGUCACCCCAGGAGGAAAACCCUCUGGAAAAUGUUUCUCACGGCAGGGAGUCACCCUGAGGAGACCCACAGGUGCGACUGAGAUAAGGGCUGAGACUGAGCAAGUGGGAGGGGGUGGGGGUGUGUGUGUGCGGCUUGGAGCACAGGUUCUGGGUCAGGGCUGCUCAUCACAGGGGAGACUAUGAUGACCAACCCCGGGGGAGACUGUGUGCUUCAAGGGUCCUCCCUCAGCUCUUCAGGGCUUUCCUCAGAGGAGGUCCUGGUCCACACAGAGGCAGGGGGACACCCCAAAGGCCCCUCCUGGAGGGCAUGUCUCAUGCAACCAAUGUGGAUCCUUUGCAGCGUCAGCAAAUAAAACAAGUAGCUGGGAUCACUUCCAGCUCUUUCGAGCACCCCGUCCUGGAUGGAGGCCAAGAUCAAGAGCUCUGGUCCAGGGUCAGGGUCUGAGGCUCUGAUCGGUUUGGGGGAGACCCUUAGGUUUCCAGUUCUUCUGGAAGAACACUGCCCCCUCAGAGUCUUUUCUGGUAUUGGGGGCUGCCCAGAAAUACCAGAUGCCACCCUGGGGCCAUGUGCCAGACCAAGGGCUGGGAAGGAAGAAGCUGGAUCUGUGGAACCCGGCCAGCAGGGCUGAAUGCCUGUGUGGGUGGGCAUGCCCUAGGGCCUCAGGCAGGUUCAGGUGACACCUGCCUCAGCCCACCACAGGUGAGUGGGAAAGCCCACACUGCGGGGGUAGGGGGGGCUUCCCUUCUAUUUGCAGCCAAUCAGGGGUCAGCACCAUGUGGCAUCUCCAUGCCAGGAGCUUAGAUUUGGAGCUGGUCAGAGAUGGGGUGGGAAGCCAGUUCUGCUUGUUCCUAAUUGUGUGGCCUUGAUUACGUUACUCGGUUUCUUUGGGUCCUAGUUUCUUCAUCUUCAUAUGGGGAUAAUCGUUUCCAUGUCAUGGUUUUAUUAUUAGGGUAAAAUGAGCUGAUGUGUGUGCAGGGCUUGGCACUGUUCUGGCACACGAUGCCCAGGAGCUGAGGCCAGCAGUGGUUGGAAACGAGAGGGGGCCUGGGAGCCCAGGGGCAGAGAAUGGGGCAGAGAGUGGGAGCAGGGCGCUGUAUUCCUGGCCUUAGUGCUCUUCCUAAGUGCCCCUGCUCUCCCAGCCACCACCUGUUUCCCCUAAGCCCCAUCCCGCCUCCACUUCUAGGUCCCCCAAACUCAUCAGAGCAGCUUCUCCCCCUUCCCCAGAAUGCCCUGCUGCUUUGGGGCUGCCUUGUUCUGAAGCAUUCAAAGGAUUCCUUCUCACCCUGAGUUUAAGUUAUUCCUGGUUCUCUUUGUUUAUUUCCCGAGUCCCUGGUUACCAGAGGAGUAUUUUCUAAGGGAAAGCACAUGCAAAUCAGGAAACAUCAUUCUAGAGACAAUGUCUGUGUAUGAGUGUGUUGGCUUGCGGGGUGGGGGGGUCGUGGGUGUGGGGAUGAAGGGGGUUGGCAAGCAAGGAUGAAAAGAAGACUGGAAGGAAGUAGGCAAAGAGCCUCCCAGAUGGGGUAGCCCCUUGCUGACCCAUGUCUUUGGGGCCAGGCCCAGCUGGAGCCUUGCCAGAGCACACAUAUCCCUGUCCUGGCUGACAGUGGUGGCCCCUGGAGCUGAGACUGGGUGGGCUUGCUCCAUAGCCUGAGAGUGACAGCUCCCUCAGCCACAGUCCUUAUCCCCAAGGCCCAGCAGGGAUCUUGAUCUGGGAGCUGGGUGCUCCUGUUAGGUCUCAGCUGAGGAUGUCCCCUUGCCCCUUCUCUUCUUGGCUCGGUCUUGCCAUUCAUGAGAUGGGAACAGUCAUCUACAGCUUCUUCCACCAGACCCUGUACAACAAAGCAACAGACUGAUGGGGUCCGGGCCUUCCUGGCAAGCUGUGGGCUUAGGUCUGUAUCGCUAGCCCAGAGGAAGUGUGGGAAAGUAGGGGUGGGGAUGGGAAUGGGGUGGCCCCCAAGGAGCUCGAGGAGGAAGUUAGGGAGCGGGUGAUGGACAAUGGCUCAAAGUCCUAGAUGAUCGUGGUCAAAGAAGUCAGGGUCAUCAAAGGUGAGGAAAGGUCAGAGAACAGAAAGGGUCAGAGAACAAGGGGUUAGAGGGGAAAUGCCCACUAAGAUGGGUGAUCAGGAGGAUAAAUGAGAAGAAAGAGAAGAGAAAAGACUCUGGGUGGAAGCAGCAGGGAUCAUAGAAACGAUGCCUCUUGGUGAGAGACUGGAUGAUGUUCCCUAAUUCUGGGUACCAAGGGAACCAGAGAAAUGCCCAUAAUGCCAGUUCUCAAAGGCACAGAAUAGUAGGAUGCUGUUGCAUUGACCCCACGCCCGGAAAGAUGCAAAGAACAAAGUUUACCCAAUAGGCUACCGGACUUACAAUGAUGUUAAUCACAACUUCCAGGAGUCUAGCAUUUAAAGUAGCUUUUGGAAACCCUUUCAAGUUUGUCGAUUUUUUUGGGGGGGGGGUUUGUUUUGUUUUUUAAUCUCAGGUCACACCCUCCAAAAGGUAGUGGAAAUAAAUUUGAAUAAACAAAACAGGAUUGCUGAAAAUAAAACCAGGACUCCUAAACUGCUCCAGUCAACCUGCUUCUACAGGGUCCUGCUGUCAGGCAGCACAGCAGCGAGGCUGGGCCAGCAGCAGCCAGCAUGUACCAGGCGGUUGCGUUCUUGGCAAUGGUCAUGGGAACCCACACCUUCCAUUUGUGGUCCCAGAAGGGCUGUCCCCACUGGCCCAACUGCUGCCCCAGCAAAGGACAGAACCCCAUAGAAGAGUGGCUGAAGCAGAAUGCUGUGCUCAUGCCUCCUCUGGAGAUGGCCAGCCCCACUCCCCACCCAGAAUCCUGCAAGGCGAGUGAAGACGGACCCCUCAACAGCAGAUCCAUUGCCCCUUGGAGAUACGAGUUGGACAGAGACUUGAACCGGCUGCCCCAGGACUUGUACCACGCUCGUUGCCUGUGUCCACACUGUGUCAGCCUCCGGACGGGUUCCCACAUGGAUCCCCUGGGUAACUCAGAGCUGCUGUACCACAACCAGACCGUCUUCUACCGGCGGCCGUGCCCUGGACAGCAGGGCGCCCAUGAUAGCUACUGUCUGGAGCCCAGGCUCUACCAAGUCUCCCUGGCUUGCGUGUGUGUGCGGCCCCGUGUGAUGGCCUAAUGGAGCCACCCAUGGCUGGGCUCUGGUCGAACACUGGAGCUGGGUGUACAACCACCUGCCACUGUGAGCUAGGAUGCCGGAGCAUUCAACCCCUCCAAAGCACCACCAAAGUCUCAGGAUCUUGGGAAAGGAUUUUGGGGGGGACCGCACUUUGCACUUUUUGAAGUGGAUGGAAAAUGCAAAGUGAGUCCAGGGGAACAGUGGCUGCUUAUGGCCCCUGGAGGCUGGUGUCCUGGCAUUUCCUCCUGGGAAAGGUCUUCAAAGCUCUGCCUGUUUCCAUCUCUUCUUUCCUCCCAUCCCCAGCUGCCCUGGUACAGCACAGGCACUUUCUGAUAUUUUCCCCUUCGCCAUGGAGAACCCUUCAUUUCGUUCAUUCGUUUGCUCAUUCAUUCAUUCAUGAAACACUCGGUAAGCACCUACUUUGGAUGCUCUAUUUUAUACAUCCUGGUGUAGUUACUUUUGACAUGGGUGCCUCUGAGGAAGAGACUGUUCCUGAGCAUGAGGAGAAUUAUCCAAAUAAAUCAUCUGUAUUUAAAAGUGGCC